UUUGACAAUUGGAAUCGAGCUAUAGCGGAUUUGUUGGCGUAGCAGUGAAAUAAAAGAACGUGUUAAAAAAUUAAAUUAAACAAUAUCUAAUAAUAAUGUGCACAGAAGAUAAGAAACCUUUAUUCAGGGACCUCACCGCUGAGGAUCCUGAUCCCGAAGUGACUGAAAUUGAAUCGUUAUGCGUUAAUUGCUACGCAAAUGGUAUAACUCGGCUACUCUUAACAAGGAUACCGCACUACAAGAAUGUGGUCAUCAUGUCAUUCUCAUGUGAACAGUGUGGCUUUGAGAAUAAUGAAAUACAGCCCGGCGGGUCCUACGCAGAGCUUGGUGUCAGAUGGAAACUCCGCGUGGAAGACCCAAUAGAUCUCAACAGACAAGUUGUGAAGAGUGACUACACCGCUGUACGUAUACCAGAGCUGGACUUUGAGAUACCAGCACAGAGUCAGAAGGGAGAGGUAACGACAGUCGAGGGUAUCAUCACCAGAGCGAUAGCCGGUCUCACUCAGGACCAGGAGGUCCGGAGACAGCAGCAUCCGGAGGAAGCGGCACAGAUAGAACAGUUUAUUGAGCGUCUUCAGACCCUCAAGAACGGAGGGUCUUGGGUCUUGGAACUGGAAGACAUCAGUGGUAACUGCUUCGUAGAGAACCCUCAAGCACCGGCCAAGGAUCCGAGGUGUGAACGGACAGAUUUCAAGCGGACCAAGGAACAGAAUCAUGUUUUGGGGGUUUUUUCACAGGAUGAGGUGAACCCGCUUCCGAACACUCUGACCCCGUGCGACCCGUCACAGGCCAGCUACGACCAACUAGUCUCAGAUGAAGUGUUGCAGUUUAGAACCAACUGCCCCGACUGCAACGCUCCGGCUGACACAAAUAUGAAGCUUACAAAGAUACCGCAUUUUAAGGAAGUCGUCAUCAUGGCGACUGUGUGUGAGGCGUGUGGACACAGGACUAAUGAGGUGAAGUCGGGAGGCGGUGUUGAAGACCAGGGUGUGAGGUUCGAGGUCCGUGUAGCGACCAAGGAGGAUUUUUCAAGAGAUAUACUUAAGUCGGAGACCUGUAACAUGUUAAUACCGGAGCUGGACUUGGAGGUGGGGGGCAGAGCCCUGGGCGGCAGGUUCUCGACAGCCGAAGGGCUCGUCAGGGCCACAUUGGAGCAAAUCAAGGACGCUCCAACGUUGCAGGGAGACACACCGUCCUUAGUUAGUAAGGAUAAUUUGGAGAGGUUCAUAGAGAAGCUUCAAGAAGUUCUAGACGGAAAGCGAUCGAUCACCUUAAUCCUGGACGAUCCAGCGGGAAACUCGUAUGUCCAGAAUCUAAAUGACGACCCAGCGGCUUACGAUGAUGGUUUAAAAGUCACGCGCUACGACAGAACGUUUGAACAAAACGAUGAACUCGGACUGAAUGAUAUAAAAACAGAGAAUUAUGAAGAAAGUUGAAGAAAAGUGAGAAGAAUGACAGGCUGACAGUACUUUGAUGUCAUUUAAGAUGCAUUUUAUUUACUUGUAUUUGCUUUUAUAACGGAGAUCCGGACUAGAACAACCUUCAUAUAUCUGUUUAAUGGAUAAAAAUUAUUUUAUUUACACUAUUAACACGUUAAACGCUGCCUUGAUUUUUUAGUUUUUCUAUUUCGGCCAUGGGGGACACCAUGUAGUCGAUACACAAUUUUCCCGUUGGAGCCGUGGGGAACAACAUGACUGCCAGAGUCAACUUAAAAAAUAUGACAGCAAAAAUAUGUUAGAUAGUGUAAGGAAUAAUAAGUUAGAUCUGUAACUUAUUAUAAAAAUUUUGUUAAUAAGGUCUUUAAAACUGGCCCCAUGGACUAAACAAGCGCAACCCAACUGGUGGUCCCCCAUGGCGUUCAACGUCUUAUUUAAUUCACAUUUGAAAAAUUUCAUCGAUGACUUUAAAAGGAAAAAAUUUAAUACCGACUGGCAGUAUGAAGCCUGUAUAAAAUGUAAACGUU